ACCCAGCGCAGCAGCCUCAUCCGGAGGGAGCAGGCCAAGGAGGCCAUCGUGUGGCAACGGCAGCAGAGCGAGGGAGAGCUGGAGGACGAGGACGGACCGGCCGACGGGCAGCUCCCAGUCCAGAGCCCCGAAGCAGAAGCAGCAGCGCCAGAGGAACGCAACGGCACGGCCCACCCUCACCCCUUCCUCCCCAAGCGGCCGCAGCGGGCCUCUUCCUACCGGCUGGCUGCCCAGGAGGACCCGGCUGGCUCUGGCCUCAGCAAGGAGAAGGCCCACCACACCUUGGCAGACCUCAAGCGUCAGCGGGCAGCGGCCAAGCUGCAGCGCCCCCCCGCGGAAGAGCUCCUUCCCGGCACCGGCCAGGCCCCUCUGCCCCCCCAGGCGGAGCCCAACCCCACGGUGUCCUUCACAGCCGCCAGCGGAGACCCUCCCCUCCUCAAGUUGACUGCUCCGGCUGAAGAGAGGCCGGCCCAGAAGAGGCGAUGCUGCCGGCUGAUGUGAGUGGUCCACUCUCCCGGGCCAGGCUGGCGUCCCUGGUGCCCAAACUCUGUCGAGAGGCUGUUGUGGCGGCUAACCCUGGCCAUCUACACCUGGGGGUGGAAUCACACACGCCUGGCAUCUGAAUCGGGACGAUGUUCUGUCCAGGCGUGGCGAUCUCAGGGAGGGCUGAAUGCCCCACUCAGCGGAGGAGUUGGAAGGGGCCCUGGAGGUCAUCUAGGCCAACCCCCCUGCUCAAGUGCUGGGGACAAAUGGCUGGCGGUGCAGCUUGGCCUGGCGUCUGUGCACCGAGGCCCAGCAGAGGGUGGCGAUGCCCAGGAGGUAUCGGAUGCGGGUGCCAGCGAGAGAUUGGCAUGCACCCAUCCUUCUGACUGUGUUCCAGCUCGCUUUCUUUGGCUGCAGGAGGAGCCGAAUGGAGGGCAGCCCAGGUCUGCCCCAUGGCAACUGAAGACCGGCUGCAAUCAGCACCCAUGCGGUUCCAGCUGCAAAACCCCUGGGGACCACUGGAUGGCAGCAGCGAGCCGGUUUGCUUCCUUUCUUGGGCUCCGUUUGGUGACUGAGUGCCUUGGGAAACCUGAAGUCGGUAGCCCUAAGCCCAGGGGCUGCAAGGCAGUGCCACCUAUUGCCCUGGCAGCUCCCCAGGCCUCUUCCGUGGCAGGCAAGGACCAGCCGGAAGGCAAUGGGGAAGCCUUGGGGGAUCGGCCUUUGGGGCGGCUUCCCCAGCCUCCGAACAGCCUGUGAAUUGAUAUCAGGGUGAGUUGAGCUUUGGGGAGAUGCUCACUUCUCUCCCUUUGUACCCAAGGGCAGGUGUGUGUGUGUGUGUG